CGGCCGGGUAAGGGGCGACGGGUACGGGGCGACCGCCACCCCUCCCGCCGACCCGACUCCCGGCAGAGGCCUCUGGCCCCAGCCCGAGCCACCUCCCCCGGCUUGCGGCCGCCUCCCCCCGUGCGGGAUGAACACAGCCGCGGCCGCCUCGGGGCCCCAUGGAGGAGCAGCCGCCGCCGCCGGUCCGCCCGCCAGCGAGAAUGACCUUGUUGGGCAGCCCACACCCCGGAGCCCCCUCCGCGGCCGGCGCACCUGGAGGGACUUCCUCCGCGGCCACCGCGGCGGCCGUGCUCUCCUUCAGCACCGUGGCGACCGCGGCGGCCGCGGCGCUGGGGAACCAGAGCGACGGGAACGGGGGCGACAGCACUGGCGCCUCGGCUGGCGGCGGCCUCGGCGGGCCCCGGGCGGCGGGGGCGGCGGGGAGGCCGCCGCCGGGCCCCGAGACGGCGCCGCUGCUGUCGCACGGCGCGGCGGUGGCAGCCCAGGCGCUCGUGCUCCUGCUCAUCUUCCUGCUGUCUAGCCUGGGCAACUGCGCGGUGAUGGGGGUGAUCGUGAAACACCGGCAGCUCCGCACCGUCACCAACGCCUUCAUCCUGUCUCUGUCCCUGUCGGACCUGCUCACGGCGCUGCUCUGUCUGCCCGCCGCCUUCCUGGACCUGUUCACGCCGCCAGGAGGCUCGGUCCCCGCCGCCGCCGCCGCCGCCGCCCCCGUCGCCCCAGCCGCGGGGCCCUGGCGCGGCUUCUGCGCCGCCAGCCGCUUCUUCAGCUCGUGCUUCGGCAUCGUGUCGACGCUCAGCGUGGCCCUCAUCUCGCUGGACCGCUACUGCGCCAUCGUGCGGCCGCCGCGGGAGAAGAUCGGUCGCCGCCGCGCGCUGCAGCUGCUGGCGGGCGCCUGGCUGGCGGCCCUGGGCUUCUCCUUGCCCUGGGAGCUGCUCCGCUCGCCCCGGGAGCCCCCGGCGGCCCAGAGCUUCCACGGCUGCCUGUACCGGACGUCCCCGGACCCCGCGCAGCUGGGCGUGGCUUACAGCGUGGGGCUGGUGGUGGCCUGCUACCUGCUGCCCUUCCUGCUCAUGUGCUUCUGCCACUACCACAUCUGCAAGACGGUGCGCCUGUCCGACGUGCGCGUGCGGCCCCUGACCACGUACGCGCGCGUGCUGCGCUUUUUCAGCGAGGUGCGCACGGCCACCACCGUGCUUAUCAUGAUCGUCUUCGUCAUCUGCUGCUGGGGGCCCUACUGCUUCCUGGUGCUGCUGGCUGCGGCCCGGCAGGCCCAGGCCGCGCAAGCCCCCUCGCUCCUCAACGUGGUGGCCGUCUGGCUGACCUGGGCCAAUGGAGCCAUCAACCCUGUCAUCUACGCCAUUCGCAACCCCAACAUUUCGAUGCUCCUGGGGCGCAACCGGGAAGAGGGCUACCGGACUAGGAACGUGGACGCUUUCCUGCCCAACCAGGGCCCCGGUCUGCAGGCCAGAAGCCGCAAUCGCCUUCGAAACCGCUACGCCAACCGGCUGGGAGCCUUCAGCAGGAUGUCCUCUUCCAACCCGUCCAGCGGGAUGGGAGGGGACGUGGCCAUGUGGGCUCGAAAAAACCCAGUUGUGCUUUUCUGCAGGGAGGGGCCCCUAGAACCAGUGACAGCAGCGGUCAAACAGCCUAAGUCUGAAGCUGGGGACACCAGCCUCUAAGAAAGGUUGGGAUUCACAGCUUGUAAAGGCAAAUUUUCAGCUGCACCGUUUGAUGAUACGGGAUUCUGGGGAGAAUCGUGUAUUUCAUAAAGCCAAACAUUUAAAAAAGAGACAGAGGGGGAGGCUUACCCCUUCCCCCAAACAACAUACAAGACAGUGUGCCCUUCUUCAAAAGUGCCAAGUGUAAAAUGCAAAAAUUAAAAUAUUAAACCACACAA